AUGAAUUUUGAUGCAUAAACUGUGUUAGCGACUCAAAUUGGUAAAAAAAGAAUACUUGAAUUAAUACCUUUUGAGGAUAACUUGAUAACAGUUUUAAAUUACAAGAAAACAUUAGCAAUUAGAAUUUUUGAACACUAAUAAUCGAAACACAAAGAUUUUGGCAAUUCGGAUUAAAAAUUUUGA